UUCCUGGCAGGAGCGCCAGGGACCCAGGCAGACAUGCAAACCCUGAGGCGAGAGGCUGCCCGGCCCUGUGUCCCCUGGGGGACCCUCGAGGCCAGCUUCCCAGCACCUCUCUACAGUGAUGACUACCUGUCCCUGGAGGGUCCCCGCUGGCCACUGGCCAUCAGGCAGGCCACACGCUGGAAGUACACACCCAUGGGACGCGACGCAGCUGGCCAGCUGUGGUACACAGGCCUGACCAACUCGGACACCCGGGAGGCCUGGCACAACCUGCCGUUGGACCCGGCCAACCCCUUCCGCGAGGCCUACAACCGCUGGCACGGCUGCUACCAACGCCGUGAGCACAGCAUGCCAUCGGCCUACACCCAGCACCUUCGGGAGACCACCUGGCACGACCCCAUCAUCCCUGCCCAGUACCAGGUCCCCAGCACCCGGUGGGGGAGCACGCUGUGGAAAGACAGGCCAAUCCGGGGCAAGGAAUAUGUGAUCAACAGGAACCGGUACGGGGUGGAGCCGCUGUGGAGGGCAUCAGACUACGUGCCCUCCCUGUCGGCGCCCCAGCGCCCGCCUGGCACCACCCAGAGCUACCGGGAGUGGGGUCUGGAGCCGUACUGCCCCUCCACCUGCCAGCGGCCCCUGCCUUCCUCCAUGCCCAUGUCCCGAUAAACGCAUGCCAUGACGCA